GCCCGGAGCCUCAUAAAGGAAAGUGCGCUCGGUAUGUGAGGUGUUUAUUCAACACGUGAAGUACAGUCACACCUUCACCUGCUUCACUGUUAGAGUCACCAUGAAGCUGCUGCUCUGCGCCGCGCUGCUGCUGCUAACAGGAAGCCACGCCCAGUUAAAUGUCUGCGGUCGCGCGCCGCUCAACAGCCGCAUCGUUGGCGGUGAGAGCGCGUCCGGGGGCGCGUGGCCGUGGCAGGCCAGCCUGCACAGGAGCAACAGACACUUCUGUGGAGGCUCGCUCAUCAACAGCCAGUGGGUCCUGACCGCGGCCCACUGCUUCACCAGCCUCAGCACUUCCGGUCUCGUGGUGUACCUCGGGCGGGAGUACCAGAACCUGUUCAACAUCCGAGAGGAGUCGCGCUUCGUGUCGCAGAUCGUGCGCCACGCGGGCUACGACAGCCAGACCAGCGACAACGACAUCGCGCUGCUGCGGCUGUCCGCGCCGCUCGGCUUCACGGACUACAUCCUGCCGGUGUGCCUGGCGGCGGAGGACAGCGAGUUCGUGGCCGGGACUUCCUGCUUCGUCACCGGAUGGGGAACCGUCGGCGAGAACGUUCCCCUCCCGUUCCCUCAGAACCUGCAGCAGGUUCAAGUCCCCAUCGUCUCCAACUCUCAGUGUCGCAACACGUACCCGUUACUCACCAACAACAUGGUCUGUGCCGGUCUGGACGAGGGCCAGAAGGACUCCUGCCAGGGGGACUCCGGCGGCCCCCUGGUGAGUAAAAACAGCUCCUUGUGGGUCCAGGCCGGCGUGGUGAGCUUCGGGAUCGGAUGCGCGAGGCCCGAGACCCCCGGGGUCUACACCCGGGUGUCCCGGUACCAGACCUGGAUCAACACCCGGGUCUCCAGCGACCUGCCCGGCUUCGUGGACUUCGUGGGCAACGGGUCCACGUCUAGGGGGGUCCCCCUGUCGGUGCCCCUGGUGCUGGCCCUGCUGCUGGUCCUCCUGUCCCUGUUCGUGCUCUCGUAGGGACGGCUCACGAAUAUAUUCAUAUAUAUAUUUAUAUAUAUAUAUUUAUCCAGAAAAAACUUGAUUAUUUCCCCUAAGAGUUUAAAAUGAACAGAACACAGAAUUAUUGUCUCUGUUUUCUGUUUGCACAAUAACAAAAACUAUAGAAGUAUGUGUGUGUAUAUAUAUAUAUAUACUCAUAAAUAUACAUUUGAGUGUAAAACAGGUGAAAAAUGUUUUUGGGGAACUUUAAACCAAUUUGUGAAUGCAGUUAAAUUAAAGACUAAUGGGAAAGUUAAAUAAUUAACAUUUUAAGUUCAUUUAAAUAAAAUCAGAACUGACUAAUUCAAAAUAACUAUUACAAAUAAUUAAUCAGAACUGACUUCUAAUAGUUUAUUAAUUAUUAUUAUUGCAUUCAUAAUUAAAGUAAGAGUAAAUUUAAAGAUUCAUAUAUAUUGUUUUGAAAUAAUGAUUAAGAUUUAAAAUUGGAAAAUAAAAUCCCAAAAGUUUAAAGAAUUUAACUAAUUGAACAAAUAUUUACGUGCUCUUUAGAAAAGGUUUACAUGUAGAGUUUAAUCUUUUACAUAACAAUAAAUAAAUAGUUUUGUGCUAUUUUUAAUCAAAUGCUUUUAAUGAGAGUAAAUUAAAUAAUGACUCAUAUUUAAAUCUUAAAGAAUUUAAAAUGAUGAUUUUCAGAUUAACAACUUUUAAUGUUUUACUAUUUUAAUGUAAAAUGUAUUUUAAACAUUGAAGGUUUGCACCGAGAUGAUGAAGACGAGUAUUGUGUGUUUUUAUUUACCUUCUAUUCUCUUAAUUAUGGAUUAUUAAUGUGACUUAUUAUUGCACUUAGCUGCUGUGAUUCUGUUUAUUCAUGAAGUUCACAAAGUACAUGAAGUAAUAUGUAUUUGUAUGAACAGUAUUUUACAUUCAGUGGAAUACUUGUUGCAGUUCAAUGUGAUGCAAUACUACAACUGAAGUAUGUCACAAAUACUUUUGAAGUUCACGAAUUCAACGUUUUUCUGUUUGGUGAAUAAAAUAUUUACUCUUAA